GGGUCCGGCGGAGGGAGCGCGGGGCGGGCGGAGCGGCGGGAGCGAGGGGAGCCCCUCCGGGCACGGACACCGCCGGCAUGAGGCUGGUGAGGAAGGACCUGGAGAAGGACAAUGCGGGGCAGGUGACGCUGAUCCCCGAGGAGCCCGAGGACAUGUGGCACACGUACAACUUGCUGCAGGUCGGGGACAGCCUGCGCGCCUCCACCAUCCGCAAGGUGCAGACCGAGUCGGCCACGGGCAGCGUGGGCAGCAACCGCGUCCGCACCACGCUCACCCUCUGCGUGGAGGCCAUUGAUUUCGACUCGCAGUCCUGCCAGCUGCGCGUCAAGGGCACCAACAUCCAGGAGAACGAGUACGUCAAGAUGGGCGCCUACCACACCAUCGAACUGGAGCCCAACCGGCAGUUCACGCUGGCCAAGAAGCAGUGGGACAGCGUGGUGCUGGAGCGCAUCGAGCAGGCCUGCGACCCGGCCUGGAGCGCCGACGUGGCCGCCGUGGUCAUGCAGGAGGGGCUGGCCCACGUCUGCCUGGUCACCCCCAGCAUGACGCUCACCCGCGCCAAGGUGGAGGUGAACAUCCCCCGCAAGAGGAAAGGGAACUGCAGCCAGCACGACCGCGCCCUGGAGAGGUUCUACGAGCAGGUGGUGCAGGCCAUCCAGCGGCAUAUCAACUUCGAGGUGGUGAAGUGCGUGCUGGUGGCAAGCCCGGGCUUCGUGCGGGAGCAGUUCUGUGACUACAUGUUCCAACAGGCAGUCAAGACUGACAAUAAACUUCUUCUGGAGAACAGGUCCAAGUUCCUACAGGUCCACUCUUCCUCAGGACAUAAAUACGCUUUGAAGGAAGCACUCUGCGACCCAACCGUAACCAGCCGCCUUUCUGACACUAAGGCAGCUGGUGAGGUCAAAGCCUUAGAUGACUUCUAUAAAAUGCUGCAGCAUGAGCCUGACCGGGCUUUUUAUGGCCUGAAACAUGUGGAAAAGGCAAAUGAAGCCAUGGCCAUUGAUACCCUGCUGAUCAGUGAUGAGCUUUUUCGGCACCAGGAUGUGGCUACCCGUGCCCGAUACGUUAAGUUGGUAGACAGCGUGCGGGAGAACAUGGGCACAGUGCGCAUUUUCUCCAGCCUUCACGUGUCUGGAGAGCAGCUGGGCCAGCUGACAGGGGUGGCAGCCAUCCUGCGCUUUCCUGUGGCUGAGCUCUCUGACCAGGAAGAUGAGUCUAGCUCUGAAGAGGAUUGAUGACAGUGACUUCAUUCCACAGUUUCUUUUCCAUGUCAUGCUGAAAUGACAUUGAAGGCACUUCCUUCCUAAAUACUGUGUGCAGAUGUUCCAUGACAUGUAAUUAUAAGUUAGAAUACACAAAAAGUAUGUAGCUCUGCUGAGCACACUUCUUGAUACUGUUCUAUAAUAAGUUUUGGUAUACUGUGUUGACUGGUUUUUGCAAGUUACAUCGCAAACCUCCAGCAGUAUAAGAAACUAAUUUGGCUCCCCAAAGCUGCUUAGUCUAUAUAUUAAGGUAGACUGGUAGCCUGGUGGAGUGUGUAUGAAAAAAAUAAUAAACUAAGAGGGAGAGAUUCAUGUCAGACUAUUUCUGUUCAAGUGCGUGAAAAGACUAUUGAAAAACAAAUGUAAACUUCUUCAUGCAAGACCUAUCAAAACUGUGCUUGAUCUUCGUAGGAAGUUGCUGUUCUUCCUAGGAUGUGUCAAAGGAAUGGGGUCAGCAUCUUUUCUUAGGGCAUUAUGAGUCUAACCACUUAAAUAUUUCUGUGAAACACUUGAAGCAGUCUUUCAGAAAUCAGACCCUUUAAGGUCUUCCCUAACGUGAUACUAGGUGCAAGACAAAUAAUGACUCUCAGUCACCCAUUUUAGUUACCUUUUUGAAUCCUGUUACCUUGUGAGAUUGUGCUAAAGGCUAACAAGGUGUCAUUGACUGUAUUCUGCUAAAUUGGCAUUAUUUAGCACCCCGUUCUGAGAAAGUGUAUAAGUUCUGAGAAAGCACCCCAUAUGAGAAAGCCUUAUAAAAUCGGGACCGUGGUUUUCAUGAGGAAUCUUUUGACAACAAACACUUUAGUUAAUGUCAUAAUCUGGUAUAUUUCUAUUUAGAUACCUCUUUAAAAACAUACAUAAGAUGUGAUGCAGAAAUUAAGAUUAUGAAAUUAUAAAUCAGACUUCAUCCUAAGGUAAUGGUGACUGUAAAUGUCAAAAUUACCUCUUCAGUUAUUAGAUCUGGUCAAAGUAUGGAGAGCCACAGAGAGUUUUGUUUCUUCACUAGGCAAUAAAUCUUAGGCUGAGGAAGUCGAAAUUUCUGUCAGAUUCAGACAUAACCUGUGAGGAAAUUGUUUCAAACCAAUGUUUGAUGAUGUGUCUUCCAUAUAUAAAUAAGCAUUCCUUUUUUAAAUGUGGUGGAAGGUGGAAAACGGGAACCAUGGAAGACUUCUGAAACAUGGAAAGGGACAUAACAGUGGAACUCUAAAAAAUAAACCCACUGAAACUCUUAGUCUGGGUAUAAUAGUUUUAGGAAAGCAUUUUUAAGGGUAGUCCCAUAUGCAGUUGGUACUAUCUAUUGUUAGCUGAAAACUCAGCCUAAACUUCUUGAUAGAGAAGUACUUUUGAGUUAAAAGCCAUCUUCCCUUUUCCCACCAUCCACACAGUCUUAAAGAAUUCAUGAUCAGAACUUAUAUUAGAGGUAUAACCGUGUGAUUCUUCUUUCUCCAAAGACAAGCAAGCCCACUGAGACAAUUGCUUACAGUCUGCUUGCACACAAAAAUUUUGUUAUUUGAGCUUUACAUUUUUGUCUUUAAUGGUGUUGGGUGCUACAAGUCAUAGAACACUCAGGUAGAUUUCCUUCAGCAGUUAAGACUGGUUAAAUUAACUUCUUUUUUCUUUUAAAAAUUUGUCUACACUGGUUAUACACUUUACCAUCUAGAAAGCACCCUGAUGCCUGCUGCAUAGAGUUAAAUGUAAAGAGCAUCUGAAGGAGAAGAAACUGAUCUUCAAUAAAUAUUACUUACGUGCAGCAGAUUAUGGGCCUAAAUAAACUCAUAAUGUCUAAACAAAAUCAUUAAUUUCUUUAUAAACUGGUAUGAAAUAAGCUGGUAUGUUAGUAUUUCUCUUUUUUUCAGUAGUGCCAAUUUGUUGCAAUUAGAAACAAAUGGACUUACAUUCGAAUUUGUAGUACACCACAAAUUCACAGUUUAUUUCUAAACAGAGAGGCAAAUCAAACUGUUCUUUGGUUGUGGAAUGGAUUGCUGUUUUACCAGACCAAAUUGGUUCCACUUAUUCCAUUUUAAGCCAGAAAUUAUGAAGAGUUUUUGCUGUGUACUGCAAGAUCACAAUGUCAGUUUUGUGUUUAGUGCCUAUAGUGUAUCAUCCAGGAAAACAAGCAGCCAUUUUGUUGCAUAUUUAUUUUAAGGUAGAAGAGCAAACAUCUGGUAAGAAAACAUGAAAAUAGUGAUUCUUUGAAUCAUUUACACUUAGAAUUAAAAUUCUGUCCUGACUUUACAUUUUGUGUAUUUUUGGGUUUUUAGCUAUUCCUAUCAUGUCACUAAGUCUCUGAAAGAAAUGCACAUGGAGUUGCCCCAAGUAUGGAAGGGUGGGAUUUUUCUUUUUUUUUGGUAGCCAUUUUUGUAGUAAAAUAAAUAUACAAUCACUAUGUAUACAAAUGCAUCCUGUUUCAGGAAACAGCUUAAGGGCUUGGUACUGAAAGUAGGCUGUGUUCAGUAGUUGCAGAUGCUUGACCUGGCCAAGUUCCCGGGUUGCUAGUAUCUUUCACAUUUCAAGGAAUUUGGAUUAGUUGAAAAGUCCAUAUUGACAAACUUUCUUAAUGCAACCUUAGUGUGUGUGCAUAGAUGACACUUGUACAGAAGAUGCAGAAAGUGCUAGAGCCAUGGAAAAAUAUUUUUUUUUGUUAAAAAGUAACAUGAAAUCAGAUUGAUCCUGAACCCCGCUGUGCUCUAUAGUGAUUCAAAUAAAUUUAUUAGGCCAUAAUGCCUCUCUUGCAAACUCGUACUUUGGAGCAGACCCCAGUUUGUCUUGUCAUCUUUGAAUCCGUUUAUAAUUAUAUAAUUUUUUCUGGUUGUUUACCAACUAAAGUUUGGUGAAAAAUGUGAGGUCACCAUCAGCUACAGACCAAAAUAAUCCUACUAGUUAAGAAGCAAAAUAAAAGAUUAAUCUUUCAGUACAAUUGCAAGACAUUUAACAGUAUUUGAUCUAGGGAAUUCCUCGUCUCCCUCAUCUUGCCUUCACCCAUGUAUAAGUAAAACGCUAGUAGUAAAUGAUCUUUGGACCACUCUCUGACCACCACUGUGACAAGAACCCAUACCUCUUCAGCUUAAUUUGUGCUGGGACUAGGCUUGAUGGUUUUAAAGCCAUGUAAGUAAAUGUCUGAGGUAAUUUUCAUUAGCUACUGUUCUCUCAUAGGUUAAGUAGCCCUGAAUUUUAAAACUAACCUACCAUUUCAAAAUCUCGGUCUAACUUCUGGGCUGCUAACCUUAGUUUGCCUAUUUCUGUGGAGGUAUAAUAUACCUGACUUUUCAUUUGACUGAUUUAUGUCUUGAGCCUCUCCAGUUUUUUUUCCUGUAUGCCGCAUUAUCCAUCCAGAAAAGUGUACCUCUAUGCAUGUGAUUUCUUGUAGAUCACCCAUUGCAUUCGAUUUUUUUUGAGAUUUUCAUAGCUUUAUUUUUAAAGAAAACAAGCGUGUUUCAUACAGGAGUACUUACCUAGUUUUGCAGGAAAGAAAAAAAAUCCACAUAUUCUCAGAAUGUUUUUUUAUCUGAAGGCACAUUUCUACAGUGUGUGGUCUAGUGCUUCUACAAAAGAUCUAAGAAAAAACCAUUUUUAAAAUGUGGAACAGCAAUUAGAAAGUCUGCAAUUAGGAGUUCUUGUUUAUAACGUAACAUGAGAAUUCCUGCAAGACACAUAAUAACAAAAAUAUGGAGGAAUGGCUUCAAAAAACUACUUAUCUAUGUACUUUUUAGAUACAGCAAAACUUCAGAUUUGAUUUUUUUUCCUUGCUCUCUGAUAUAGUAAUUGCUUUUAUCAGUUCCCCACCCCACUUUUUAUUUUUAAAGAUAAAAUAUUUCUUUUAGAAUGAAGUUCUUAAAAGAGCUAGGUACAUCUGAGCUUUAGGUGGAUUAAAAAAAAAAGUUUCUUUGAGCUCUGCUAAUGCAGGGAAUGAUACAGGUCUGGCAAUCAUUCCCUUCUAAGUUCGUGUUCAAUAUACACCUGCAGUGUGAAUGAUAAAAGUUUUGAUUCUUUAAGAACCUUGGAUUUCCCAGUUCUGAUUUGAUUUAGCAGAUAGUAGGCAGAGAAUGGUUGACAGGGCUUUAUUAGAUUAUUUUUCAGUAUCUCUGUUUCUUUUGUAAGAGCAACAACUUGCUUUUAGACACUUUUAAUUAGAUUUUGUAUGGAAAAAUAGUAUUUUGAAAGCUCAUUGUUCUGCUAAUUUAGGGUUAAGAAAAUGCCUAACUAGUUUGGUCUUGUGAUUAUUACUGUGAUUCUUAAUUCAGGCUCUGACGUGUGUUGAGCCUGAGCUUUUUCAGUAGUAGAAAGAGUAAACAUAGGCUGUGGAGCUUCUUGUGUGACAGUUGCCCAAAGACUUGCUGAAUAAGGGUAAUGUUUAGUCCUGCCACAUUUUUUAUGCUUGAGUCAAGUAGGGCAUUGACUUGGAUUUGAGGAUAACUGCUUGCAUGAUAGAGAAUAUAAAGGAAAGAAACAUCUUCAGUCUAACAACCAAACUGCAUAUCCUCUGUUAACUUCUGAACUUGACUGUUUCAGAAAUCCAGUAUAGCUUUUCUGUGAAAAAACUGUCUCCUAAGGUGCCUUAGCCUAAAAUAAAGCAUGAGGAAAAGGUCGCUGAAAUCAUACUUGUUUACUCUGUUGUCUGAAAAUAAUUCUUCCUUUUGUCCCACUUAAGGGCUGUGCAAGAAACAGAGUGGGGACUGGUAUCAGAGCAGCCCUUUCUUCCAAGUCAGUGUCUUCUGGGAAAUGCAACAUGAAGCAGCAACUUUCAAGCCCUGCCAGCUCUUGUCAGCUUUUGCUGAUCAAUCUCUAAUUUACUGCCCUCUUUUCACAGCUAAUGUAAUUGCUGUCAUGCUGCUCUAAUAAUUACUUAAAAGUCAAAUUAGAGCUGAUCAUGAAUCCUCUGGUGAAAUAGCUGUUCCAUUAGAGAAUGUUAAUAAGUUGAAACCAGCCCUCCUUUUUAGGAAUGUACAUACCAGACUUGAUGGGAAGUGUUGUCUCUGGUCCAAAAGGGAAUUUCUAGUCAAAGCCAAGCCUGGAAUAGCGAAAAAAGGGCCUAAGGGCUCUAAGGAGUCAUAUGGAACAGAAGAUAACACAACUUAAGACUGUUUUCUGUUCCAUAAUUAACACUAGGCUAAAGGUGCUCCCUUUUCUGUCAUUGUUAAGUACAACUCCACACUAUCUAAGCAAAAAAAAUACAUUUUGUAUGAGAUAGCUAAGUCACAUCUGGCUCAGGUAUGACACCUCUUGGGAUGAGGGAGGCACUUUUCAGAGUUCUGGAACUUGACAGGAAAUCUGAACUUGAUCCUGAACUUUAGAUCCUUGACAGGAUCUGAACUUGACAGGAAAAUAAUUGAAAGCUGGGCAGACUUUUACUGAGAGGGCUUGUAUACAAAGAUAUGUGUGUGUGUGUGUGUGUGUGUGUGUGUGUGUGUGUGUGUGUGUGUGUAUGUAUUAAGAAAAAAGCUAACUUGACUCUUAGCUUGUAGUUGCUUUGGUAAAUGAAGGAAUGUCUUGGGAUACAGAGUUGGCAACUAUCUUCAGGACUCAAAGAUUUGUUUACAGUAGGAGGAACUUGGUAACAAGUGAUAAAUUCAGGAUUUCUGGCAGUUGUUCCAUGCUCAUGGACAUUGCCUUCAAUGGUUUCUGAUGCUCUGAAAGCUACAGCAGGUUUUGCUGAAGAAAAUUGCCUUUUCUUUGGCCUGCAGCGUUCAGCCUGGUGGCUUCAAGUGUUUUAGAUAGUUUAGUUUAGGUGUGAGAGAAGUUAAUUAGUUGCAUUUGUUGAUCUUGCCCAAAUAGUUGUCAUAAGACCAUUUCCAUUCCCAUUUGCUAAAGAAAACUAGUAUAUCCCAUAUAAUUUUUCAUCUCCUGAGUGGAAAUUGCUGUUCUGAGAUAGGGUGUCUAAGAGAAACUGAAAUGGACUCUGCAGAAACCCUGCUGGGUGAACAUCAGCUUUCUGCCAGGACAGUGAAGUCUCCUGGGGCAGUGGCUGCCCUUGCUGCAAGGCUGUAUGUAGGAGCUACUGGGACAGCAGUGGUGAGAGCUAGAAAAAGAGCAGAUGUAUCAUGAGGGAACUUAUCCAAGUUCCAGAGCUGUGAGAGAAGAUGAAAAGCUAUGGUUUAAUGGAAAACAUGAGGUGCUGAUUUGGGUAUGUGACUCCUUCCCGAGGGAAAGAUGCAGUGAAUGUUUGAAGUAUCUGUACUCAGUUCUAACAACUCAUGCUCAGUUGAGGGUAAGAUGCCAGCUGAUGUGAUUAAGCUCUUUGUGUGUGUCUGAGGGAGAGGAGCCUUGAGCCUGAGGCGAGACUUGAAAUUGAGAUAUUGAGACCUUGGUAAUCCUGCCACUAUGGAGUGACUAAUUUCUGACAAGCCUGCUACACCAGUGUCAAAUGUGGAGUCAUUGCUGUAUCUGAGGCUUGCGAAGGACUGGUUUUGUUUUCCUUUCAUACCUGUCUGCAAACCACGUUCUUUUUCAAAAUAAUUGCUUUGUGAAACAAAUACCUCACUGUGUCAUGUUGGCAAUAUGUGUGAAAAGCCAAGGAAAAAUUCCUAGUGAGGUAUUAAAAAAAAAAAAAAAAAAAACCAACCAACAAAACCAGCAGAAGAUAAUGAAAUAAACUUUUCAGAGGUUUUGGGGGGUGCCUUGCGAGAAGAAGAAGAGAAAGACAGAUAAAACUAUAUAUAACAAAGUUUGUUGAUGGUUUUUAACAUCUUUUCAAGUAAUUUCAACUAAAGGACAGUUUUUAAAGAUAAGCAGACUGGUGAGUCAAUCAAAUGACAAGUUCUUAAACUUUUCUUUGGAACAUUCCAGAAAUCAGUUAUUAAAACUCUUAUUAAUACAGUCAAGCAUUGUGAUCUUGGUAAACAACUGAGUUGUGAUUGCAUAAGUUGUUGCAAGCUGUCUGCAUAUGUUUUAUGCAAGUUUGCAUGGUUCUGUGUAUUUUUCUUAUGAGACAAAGCGUUUUGUUAGAAGAACAAAGUUAAGUGUUAAGAAAGAACAAAAUUAAUGUUGGCCACUAAUGCUGACAACUGUGAGUCUAAAUUUUCCUAAUUCUGAAGACAAUUUCUAAUUGGUUUUUUUUUGGGGGGUGGAGGGGGGAAGAGUGUGGAAAUUGUCACUGAAAAAUGCUUAAUGCCUUAGGCCUUAGCAUUUUGAAAAUGAGCUUUUCACUUCUAGAACAUUUUUUAAACUACUUUGUUCUUCCCUAGUUUAAGCACUUUUUUUUUGACAUAAGAACUGGCAAGAAAUAAUGUAUGUUAGAGAGCAGAAAGUUCCUACUACUGGAAAAAUGAGAAAUUGGAACAGCCUUGCAGUCAGAAAAAGCAGAGCAAAAGGUCACUUUUAUAUGGAAUUUUUUUUACCCUGAAAAUAUUAUGUAGUUGCCAGCAACAGAUAGGAAUCAAUUCUAAAAGCAGUCCUGCACCCCAUGCUUGGAACAGAAGCAGAGCACUUGCUGUUUUUUUUCUACUAGAGCAUUGCCUUGCCCUCUUUGUAUCUGUCCAAUUCUUAGCAUGUUUGUUCGCACCUCAUCUCAACAAACACACCAGAUUACACCACAACACUGACCUGCUGUCAGACAGGGAUUAGCUAAUGAUGCAUCUGAGCUAAUGAUGCAAAAAUGUUUAGAUUGGUACCUGAUAAGGUUUUAAUGAGUACUUUCAGUCUCUGCCAGUUAGGUGUCCUCCAGGAGCUUUAAAGGUUAUUAAAAAAUAAUUUUCAGUGUUUUAUUUGUAAACAUGAGGUGUCAGACAAGAUAUUUAUCACUAAAUGUGUUUCCUUUAGAAAGAAUGUUUUCUCUAAUCAUUCUGAAAUCAGUUGCUGUGAGUUGCUCCUCUGUGUCCGUCAGCACAGCUUGGAAAAAUUUGUUUCAUACGAAGUCUGCUGUGGUACCCAAAGAGCUAUAGACCAAAGAAGAAUAAAAAGAGCUCAGCAUUAGUACUGCUGUGCUGCCUCAUAGCUGGGCAGGAAGGAAAAGCUGGAAGUGAUCUGCCGGUCUCUGCUGCUGAAACUAUAGCUGAGGUGCUACUUGUGUUAGCUGAUGUUAAAUGGGUGAUAAGGUAGCACUUAUUUGCAAGAGGGGUGUUGUGAGACAUAAGGUGAUGGCAUGCGGGUGAUUUGCGCCUUUUAGAAAGUCCUUUUCUUCACAAGAAACUGUUGACUUGAGAAGACUGAGUAACUUUUAACCCCAAAACUUCAAAGUGGUAUCUACACAAGAAAAUAAAAUUUUAUGACUAUUAAACUUCUAUGGUACUUCUGUGUAGGUGAUGCAGAUGUUUGAAAGAAAGAGUAAUGGAUUCUUUAUGGAAGUCCAGAUACCACGAGGGUGCUUUCAGAACAGGCCUGGUCCGGACAAAUAUCUUUAAAGUCAUAGGUGUACUUCAGUGCUGUGGGUGGGAAAUGUAAGUUAUUAGUGCCAGUAAUUCAUGUAGAAAACUCUAUCUUAAACUUCAUCUAAAAAACAGGAUGUUUUCCUACCUCUAGGAUCCACCUUUAAUUUUUUGGAGUGGAAACAAACCUUCCUUUUUUAAUCUCUUCAUGGCUAGUUCCAAAUUUCCCUGAAUUGUUUUUGACCGAUAAAAUAUUUGAUGUAAAAAGACCUAGGAUUAAUUUUGCAGUGCUUUCAACUGGUUUGUCUGGUUUCCCUACAGCAACACUAUAGCAAAAGAGGUGUUUAUGCUCUUACUAGUACUUGAGUGCCACAGUCUUUAAAUAGAUAUGGCUGGUGAUGCAUAUUAUGCUAAAGUUUCCAGUAUGUGUUUAAUCAGUAUUAGUAAUUCAUGGUGAUAUACUAGAUUUGGGAGAAUUUAUUAACUUUUUAAUUGAAAAAGGUAUCUUGACUAUAAAAAUAUGCCACCUAAAAGAAGAAUAUUAAAUAUCCGUAAACCUUUACUGCAAUUUAAAAAGUUACUUUAUUUCAUACCUUCAGUGUGAAAUCACAGUGAUCUUGAUCAUGUAAUAGAAGGGUUAACUUUGUUCAUAAAAUCUUAUGUGUAUGAGGGAGUCAGAAACUUUUUAUUGUAAUUAAACAAGAGGAGUUUCACAGACAGCUUGCUAAUCAAGCGUCAAUAAACAACUGAUAAGAACUGCACCUUUCAUCUCUAACAAAUACCAGACGACCACUUAACAGCCACGAACUCAAGCCACAAACAAAUUUACAUCCAAAAACCCGGGACUUGAGAAUAUAUAAAAGGAGCAUUUACUACAUUUCAGGGUGUGCCUCGGCAGGGCGCUUGCCUUCCAGGCCACCCAGCGCUGCUGUUUUGCUUUAUUAUCGCUUGCUUAAUAAAUUUAUCAAUGUUUAAUUGGAAUUGAGUUGUCUAAAUUCUUAUACUAACUUAUAACAAUCAUAUGCUCCUCCAAACAUGUCACACGUGAUUCUUUCAGGGAAUAAGUUUCUAGCAUACAGUUAGAGGUCCAUCUUUUAUGCUUAUUUCAGCUGAUUGAUACCAGUGGAAGUUGACAUUUUGGUUUAGUCAUUUUUCUGAUGAACUCAAGUGAACACGGUAUGCCAUUUCCUGACUUACUGCUCCAUGAACCCAUUUACAGAAAGUGUGGUUUUAUCUGUUGCCUGUAAAUUAUGCUCACCUCACAGAUAGACUGGAGAUUAGCUACUAUUAAAUAAAAUGUCAAGCUUAUGAAAGUCCUUUUGAUUGUCUGAGACUGUUGCAGUUUGGUCAAGGCUUGUCUGGAGCAUAGGCCUGAAAAGGCCCCUGCCAGAAACAAGUCAGGGCUUGUCAGAGCUAAGUUGGGACUGCUUAGACAUUAAGGCUGUGCUGACCAAAAAGAAAUAAUAAGUCAAGCAGAACCGAGACAAGAAAAAUUUGCAAGUAGAGAUAGGAUGUAAUCUGGUGGUGGGAUUUAAUUACACGAUGUUUACAGUUAGGUAAAUGGAUUAACAGUCAGGUAAAUGGAUUAAUAUUUGAAUGUAAUCAAAGUGAUAUGUAAGUUUAUGUUUAACUGCUAUGUCUCCUGUGAAAUGUAAAACCAAUCAUGUAACCUUGCUUGGAAAAUAGUAUAAAAGAUGCGUUCAAAAUGUGGGUCUUUGGGUACCUGUCUUGGGACAGGAGUCCACAGGGACCCCGGGCCCUGAAUAAAGCACCGCAUAAACUGACA